AAAAGCAAGGAGAAGGUGUCCGCCAGGCCACACGGUGAAUGCGAUGGUGUCUGUGUGCACAAUUCCCACUGCACUCAGCGUUGCCCUCCAGACACUCAGGGAAAUAUGGGGUUUUUAUGUAGGCAAAAGAAAUGGCACAAGAUCACUGAUACCUGUCGGACGCUUGACGCCUUCAACAUCUUUGAGGAGCAUUUAAAUUCAGUUGCAACAGUUAAAGAAACAAUAAAAAUAAAUGAAUAUUCCAGAGAUUCUGAGACCAUUGCAGAUAAGUUGAUGGAAAAGUGUCCUCAGGACUUGUCCUGUGUCAUUACGAACAUUCGGCGCUCUCCCCGGAUACCGGGAAACAUCGCUGUCAUUGUGCAGCUCCUGCACAACAUAUCGACAGCGCUGUUGACAAAUGUCGAUGAGGCAAAGAUGCAGAGUUACAGCAUCAUGGCCAACCACAUUCUGAACAGCGAAAGCAUCUCAAACUGGACCUUCAUCCCUGAAAGAAACAGCAGCUGUGUCCUGCUACACUCAGUCAAUACCUUUGCAAGAAAACUACUUAUAAAUAAACAUUCCAUUGACAUAUCGGAUGUCUUCAUUCAUACUCUAGGCACCACCAUAUCUAGAGAUAAUGAUGGAAAGAAUUUAACUUUUUCAAUGAGAGUUAAUGACACCAACAAUGAAGUCACUGGAAGGCUGUCGAUCAGUAGAGAUGAACUUGAGAAUGUGCCUUCCCAUUCUCAGGUCAUUAGCAUUGCAUUUCCAACUCUUGGCGCCAUCUUAGAAGCCAGUCUUUUGGAAAAGGCCAGUGUGAAUGGGCUUGUCCUGUCUGUCAUUUUGCCCAAAGAACUGGAAAGAAUCUCACUGAUUUUCGAAAAGAUCAGCAAGUCAGAAGAGAGGAGGACACAGUGUGUUGGCUGGCACUCCUUGGAAAGCAGAUGGGACCGACAGGCCUGUCAAAUGAUUCAGGAAAACUACCAACAAGCUGUUUGCAAAUGUAGGCCAAGCAAGUUGUUUACCUCGUUCUCCAUUCUUAUGGCACCUCGCAUCUUGGAGAGUCCGGUUCUGAUUUAUAUCAUGUACAUAGGCCUGGGCAUUUCUAUUUGCAGCUUGAUCCUUUGUUUGUCCAUUGAGGCCUUGGUCUGGAGCCAAGUGACGAAGACAGAGAUCUCGUAUUUACGCCACUUGUGCAUCGCUAACAUUGCGGCCACCUUGCUGAUGGCCGAUGUGUGGUUCAUAGUGGCUUCCUUUCUUAGUGGUCCAGUGACACACCAUAAUGGAUGUGUGGCAGCAACUUUUUUUGUUCAUUUCUUUUACCUUUCUGUGUUUUUCUGGAUGCUUGCCAAAGCACUCCUUAUCCUCUACGAAAUCCUGAUUGUUUUCCAUACACUACCCAAGUCAGUUCUGGUGGCAUCUCUCUUUUCAGUGGGCUAUGGGUGCCCUUUGAUCAUUGCGGUUAUCACAGUUGCUGCCACUGAGCCUGGCAAAGGAUAUCUACGACCUGAGGCCUGCUGGCUCAACUGGGACAUGACCAAGGCCCUCCUGGCCUUUGUGGUCCCAGCUCUGGCCGUUGUGGUAGUAAACCUGAUCACAGUCACACUGGUGAUUAUCAAAACCCAGCGAGCUGCCAUUGGCAGUUCUAUGUUCCACGAGGUGAGAGCCAUUGUGAGAAUCAGUAAGAAUAUCGCCGUCCUCACACCACUGCUGGGACUGACCUGGGGAUUCGGAAUAGCCAUAGUCAUCAACGAUAGAUCUCUGGUCUUCCACAUUCUCUUCUCCUUGCUCAAUGCAUUCCAGGGCUUCUUUAUCUUGGUGUUUGGAACAAUCCUGGAUCCGAAGAUACGAGAAGCCUUAAAGAAUCGGAUAACCUCUGCAAAAUGGAUCUCCAGAAUACCAGAGAACCUUUCUUCUGAUUUCUCUUGUCACCACACCAAAAGGCCCAGUUAAGAAACCAGGCAAUACUCCUAAUUUGGGAGGUCAUACAUCCCAGGAAUGGCAGAGCCCCAGGAGAAAUGUGCUUAUUCCUGUCUUCCUGCCUCUGGAGAGUAUGAAGGAAGUCUCCCACACUGUGACGCUGACGGAGGAGGGCAUGCCAUGAGGAAAGGGUGGAAGUCCCCUCUGUCUACUUUUGU